AUGCAGCUGAAGCGCUUCGCCCUCUUCCGCGACGACGUGCGGGACCUGGUGACCCUCACCGUGGAUCGAAUGGAUGUGUAUCAUUUGAUCGGUGCUCUCUUCAUGAAGUUCUGCAUCAUCGUCUUCUGCAAGGGGCGCAUCCAAGCCUCCGCACCACCUUUCGUCUUGCAACUCUUUCAGCUCUCCAAUGCUUGCGCCUUCAUGUACUUGCUGUUGGCAGUUUGGCUCAGCAUGCACGCGUCGAUCGCCUCCCAUAGCUUUGGGGUGAAGAUGCUCACGCGCUUUGUUCGGCUACCAAUCCCCACGCAGAAGCAGCUGACCGUCUUGCAGUCCAAGCUGAUUGACUUCGAGAAGCAGGGCAUUGCGCAGAUGAUGCGGCUGCCCUUCCAGGAUCAUCAGGAUUGGGAGGCAGUUCGUGGGAAAGAACCAGGGCUGCCGCCGCAGGCGUGGGGAAGUUCUUUUUGCCAGGAAAAAGGGGUGGAACAUGGGGUGCGCGAUAGGGGGCGGCUUUUUGGAGUCGACCUCUGGUCGAGCGACCGCCGAGGCGACGCGGGGACGACCUCCGCGAUGCUGUUGGACUCCAAGGAGACGAAGCCCUUCGAGGAUUUGCUGAGCAGUUCCAGGGGCGCGAUGCCCGAGCGGCACGUGCAGCUCUUCCGACAGUUGCAAUUCAAGUGGCAGUGCUACGAUGCUUACUGUCGUGUUUGUCUUGGCUUGGGCCUGAACCAUAUUCUACAGGCGCUCACCUACUACUGCAUCUGCCAUGCCUUGGUGGAGAACCGCACGCCCAGCCUUGGCUUCGGCCUGGUCGUGCUCUUCCAAGCCGCCACCAUCUUCGUGGCCUUUCUGGACCUAGCGGGCUUGCAGCACCGGGAGAUCAUCACCGUGCAGAUCGUCAGCAUCCUGCCCUCCUUAGCGACGGCGCUGGAGGUGAGUUUAAGCCCUCGCGAUGAGGAAGGGAAGCUGAUCCCGCACCAGGAGCUGGGAAUCAUGGGGUGCAGAAUUAGUAAUUAG